GUUAUUCCAUUACUGAUGCCAAUAGUGCAUAAAAUUUCCCCACAUAUUAUUCUUAUUACAAAUCAGAAAGCAUAUAUUUUAACUGGAUGCAAAUAUUGCGCAUAAUAUUCCACUGCAAUGGCAUAUAAUAAAUAGUUUUCAGAAACAUGUACAGAAUAUAAUGAUUGACCCAUUUGACAUCAACACUUGAUAUGCAAUGAUGUAAUGUCUAUUAUGAUAAUUUACAUAUUGUCAGAACAAAAAGAUUGUGAUACUAUGACGCAAAUAGCCUGUGUAUAAACAUGUGGAAAUAAUAAAUGAAAACAGAUCUUUAUUAGCAUACAGAAUGGAUCUUCUAGAACAGCGUAAAAUCAAGAGAGUAUGUCAUUGCUCUCAGAAAUGGAAAACAAAUGUGAUGCCUGUGUCCCAGCCAGUGCGUGCCAAGAGUUUGUUACGCGCAAACUUGGAAAGUUCUCGCGGGCAAUUUUUGCAAAGCAGAAUGCCAAAUAUCAAAGUCUUCAGUGGCACAUCACAUCCAGAUUUAGCUCAACGUAUCGUCGACAGACUUGGUAUCGACAUUGGAAAAGUUGUCACGAAGAAAUUUAGCAACCUCGAAACAUGUGUGGAAAUAGGAGAAUCAGUUCGAGGAGAAGAUGUAUACAUUGUACAAAGUGGAAGUGGAGGUAAUGACAAUUUGAUGGAACUAUUGAUCAUGAUCAAUGCUUGUAAAAUUGCUUCUGCAUCUAGAGUAACCGCAGUAAUAUCCUUGCUUCCAUAUGCAAGACAAGAUAAGAAGGAUAAGGGUGGUGAUGGAGGUGACAACUCAAAUUCUAAGAAACAAAUUGUCAUGAAGUCAAACGAAUGGAAAUUCAGGGAUUUUCUGCCUGAGCUCUCUACAAGUCGUGCACCUAUUUCGGCGAAAUUAGUAGCAAACAUGCUAUCAGUAGCUGGGGCUGAUCACAUUAUUACAAUGGAUUUGCAUGCUAGUCAAAUUCAAGGAUUUUUCGACAUUCCAGUUGACAAUUUAUUUGCUGAACCUGCUGUCCUGAAAUGGAUUAAAGAAAAUAUUGUUGAAUGGCGAAACAGCAUUAUCGUUUCUCCAGACGCUGGUGGUGCUAAAAGGGUAACAUCUAUCGCUGAUCGAUUAAAUGUUGAAUUUGCGCUUAUACACAAAGAAAGGAAGAAAGCAAAUGAAGUUGCUAGUAUGGUGCUAGUUGGAGAUGUAAAAGAUAGAGUUGCUAUUUUGGUAGAUGAUAUGGCUGAUACUUGCGGUACUAUUUGUCAUGCAGCAGAAAAGCUGUUAGAGGCUGGAGCCACGAAAGUAUAUGCAAUUUUAACACAUGGAAUCUUCAGUGGUCCAGCAAUUAGCAGAAUUAAUAAUGCUUGUUUUGAAGCUGUGGUAGUUACUAAUACUAUUCCUCAGGAUGGUCACAUGAAAGAUUGUCCAAAGAUACAGUGUAUCGAUGUAUCAAUGAUGUUUGCCGAGGCUGUAAGACGAACUCACAAUGGUGAAUCCGUAUCGUACCUGUUUUCAAAUGUACCCUAUUAGAUAAACAUUUUCCUAAUAAUGACCUCUGUCAAAUCAUGUAAGGAGAACGUAAUCUUUUUACAACCCUUAUUUUUAGUUUAGUUUAAUAUAUUUGCCUAUAAAAGCAAACUUGGGAUGAAUACUAAUGUCCCAUUUUUUAAAUUGAAAACUAUACAUACUCCCUUCUUUGAUAGAUGAUGUGUGUAGAAAAUGAGACGUUAGCUGGAUAAAGCAUACUGUAUUGUCCAUUUUAAAAAAGAAAAAAAAAAUAAGUUAAUUACUAAUAGAUGCAAUCAAUCAGCUUCAGAGUGAAAUUCUUUGAAAGUAAUUAAAUUGUUGCUAGGCUGCUACAGAAUGCAGAAUGCAUUAUUGCCUUGUUUAGAAUAUCGUUAUUACAUUGUUUAACUUAAAUUGUGUGUAAGAUGUUAGAGAAACAUCUGUUACUCCGAUAUAAAAUGCUACUACAGUUAUCCUGGCAGUUGUACAUAACUGGGGAUAAAAAGUAUUGCAAUUGAGGCAUUAAUGCGAUUUAAUCGCGCUAUUAGAAGGAUAUCUCAUUUUUUUUUUGCAGUCAAAUAUGAAAAUUUCCAACAGACGUAAACAUUUUUCAAGUGGUAAUACAAAGCGUCGAAAAAAUUAGCUUUUUACUAUUCUAAUACGAUACUGUUUAUUACAUUGUAUACAAUGGAAAAAUAAUGUCAAAGAGACAUUAUAUUUUUUUCAUGUUUUACUAUUGCAAUUUUGAAGAAAGGCCGCUAUUUAUAUGAACAUAACUAUAAUUGAUCAAAACAAUUAUAGAUCCUCAUAUAACGAAGGAACAUGACCUCACCGUCAUUCACUGAUUUAGCUUUGGACCAAUAUAGCAUGAAAAUGUAAGUCAAUACAAACACAGCACUCUUUACAUGUAAAUUUAUCUUAAUUCGAUAAAAAAUGCCACCUGUUAAUACAUUUGGUAUUAUAAUAAACAUCUCUCUGAAUUAUAUAAUUUAAAUUUUUUAUUACUAUGAUGAAAAACUUAUAUACACGAUUAAUUUACUAUUGAUAGCGUUAAUUUAAAUGCUAUAAUUACAAUUUAUUAUCUAAUAAUUAAUUGUUAAGAAAUUGUUUCUUUAAAACUUUUAUUGUAUAUGAAACGUAAUUGAAACAAAACAAGUAUAGUUACUUCAAGUAUGAAGUUUACAUGCUUGUUUAAUUUUAAUUAAUAACUACAACAUAUCGACCUAUAGUCUAUAUGUUGCAUCAUAAUACUCAGAAACUAUUGUAUUCUAUUAAACUGUAUGACUAACAACUAAUGUUUAUUGUAAUUUAAAAAAAAAAAAAAAGUAUAAACAGGUCUGUUGUAAAAAAAUUAUCUAAAUACUUCAAAUUCCAUGUUUCUUGACUGCGAUGGAAAUAUUUUGUUACAAUAGAAUUAAGACCUUAUACACAUUAUUUAACAUAAUUCAAAUGUGUAUCUUAAUCUACAAUUUAAUUUAUAGUAUUAUGUGCAGCAUUUGAAUAAGACUAGAACUGUGUAACUAUUAUACGAUAUUAUGAAGUACACGGUACACGGGAUUCCUAUAAUUUGUUUAAACACUCUUGUGAAAUAAUUUUUUGAGAUGAUAUGAACGGAAAUUGUAUUUAGGUACAAAAACUUUCUAUUUACAUGCUAUUUUGUAUAAAUAAUAAUACUACAAUGACUAUAACAUUUCUACAUUUGUAAAGCAGAAAAAAGAUCUGACAAAAAUUUAAUUUCGACGCUUUUCUAACACUUUAUCGUAAAUCGAUAUUAUUUGAAAAUCAUUUUUUUAUCUUCGCAUUAUAAUCUUGUCUCGUUUGAAUAAACUUGUACCUAUUAUAAAACAGUAUCUGAUUUGUAGAAAUUCAUAAAAGUAUACAAAUAAAUAACUUAAAACUGCCUGUA